AUGCUUCAAGAACGUAAUUUGGAUGACCAUUUUGAUGACAAUGGUGAUUUUGGCUCUAGCAUCCUGGAUGGGUUCGAGUCAGUUGAUAUCAGUCAUGCCGGUGGUGAGUUUUAUGAACUUACAAGAGAAAUGAUGGGUAAUUUCUGGAAUGUAAAUACUCCAAGGUCCUCCCAGGUACGACGCCCAGACUACAGGACGAGGCGUGAUAGAACACGAUGCCGCACUGAGGCAUUUGACAACCAAAUGCCAGUGUUAGUACAUGCAUACCUUGACUGGCACCUCACCAACAGUGCCACCAAUGGCCAAGGCUUCUUUUCACACCGUGCUGCUGCUGCCCAUCAAGGGACCAUGGAUAUUAAUGCUGGAUCAAUUGCCGUGAAAGUUGUGGACAUGUUCUACGCUGAAAAGGUACCUUUAAUGAUACUCCCUACUGACUUGUUCUUAGCUUCGGCACUUGUUCAUCAGGGAGUCAUACCCUGCUCUCCAAUCAGUCCCUCUACAGGCAUAACUAUAGAGUCUCUUGACUUUUACCGCAUUGCCCGUCAAUGCAACCCUCAUUUCUCAAUUCAGGCAUAUGUUCAAUUUCACUUGUAUCUCUCACGACAAUUUUCAAUCGCACUCAAUGUAUACCUUCAGAUUCUCACCAAUGUCGAUACUCUGCUUCACGAAGCAAUUGGACGACAGGACCCUGACUGGCGCCUAAAGCAUUGCUGUCCUGCAUGCACAUACACUCUUCAAGAUGAAGUCUCAUUACAAUUCAAAAUCCUUUUCACGAUGGAUGGUAAUGAUUCCCUCAAGCGAGUAUUGAAAAAAGUGUCACACGAUUCAGAUGCCGACGACUUAGACAACAUGGAGAGCAGGGCAACGCAACACUCCUCUGAGCUGCCCACUACGCAAUAUGACAACCCUUGUAUUGGACGAUGGAAAAACAUGCAGGAUGACAAGACAAAGAAGAUGUGGGAUGUUUUCGACGAGUCUGGUAUCUUCUUAGCUGUCUGUCAUAUGAUUCAGAGUGGCGAACAGGCAAAAUAUCCUCUAGCCAUUGUCUCCAAGCUCUUAGAUGUCUUUGGGAGGGAUUUGGGCGGCAGUUAUGACAUUGGCUGUCGGUUCAAAACCACCCUGCAUCAGAGUAUCCUGGGACAACGUGCUCGCAAACUUAACUACACUUCACUUGACCUCGAGGGUUGUGAGCGAACAUUCUCGAAGUCCAAUGCACUCGCUUCCUCUGUGCAAUAUGCAAGCACCUUUCACCGCCGUCAGACAAUCACACAUUAUUUUCAGCACAAUGACGACUUCGAAACUUUUGCAAAUCUUACAACAUUUCUCUACAAUAACUAUAAGCAAGCUCUCGACAUCCUUCAUGAUGGUCAGAAGACCUUGCCAAAGCUCAUGCAUGAGCUUGGUGUGACAGAUCCAAGUGUCUUCGAUUCUUGGUUGGCCGAGGAGCGCACUUAUCUGCUGUCAUUGAAUCAUGAGCCUGAACGUGAGACCCUUGAAAUGGAAUAUUGGCAGAAGUUGGUAAAUUUAUCCACUAGCAAAAUAGAGCUCAAUGCUGCAAGUGCGGCAUGGGCUGUUUCGACACUGAGUACUGUGCAAUUUGGAGCUCAUGAUAUUGACCUGAAGAUGGUCCAGGAACUCAAAGGCAAGCUUAACAUCACUCGUGGAUGGGUGCCCAAAGACCAGGAGUGGAAGGAUGCAGGGUGUCUUGUUGCUAAUUGCAAAUUACAGUGUGUGCUUGAUCACUUAGAGGGUUUAGUUGUUGCUCGAAUAUUUGAGCUGUCGAAAAUGAAUCGAGCAGGCACAGGGUAUAAACUAUGCAAACAUAUUGGAAAAGCCCUACAGGCUCGAUCAGCGGCUAUCCAUACAGUAGUCAAGUAUGCCUUUCUCUCUGACUUUGACCUCCUCCGUGAUGCACAUCAAGAUGUAUCACAGCAUCCUUGGGCAACACCAACAGGCCGCCUCACCAUGGAUACUUACUUCAAGAUGCGCCGUGCGCAGGAGGAGAUCCAGCAUCUCAAUGUGGAGAUCAGACGAGUAGCUACAUACUUGCGCGAUGAGAACAAGCACUUACUCAGGUGCGAAAAUCAACUUAAACCUCUGCAUCCUGCGCUCGCUCAUCAAGUGGGUUUGCAUCGCAAGGAAAUAAGCAUGCUGGAAGGCUUUACGGGGAGCAUCACACCAGGCACAAGCAUUGAACAAGGACCUGGUUCCAGCACGAGCAUCCCCACUGUGUGCAUUCCCUCUAUACUCACUCGUAAUGGUCUCUCAAUGCCGCAGGAAGGUGCAGAUGACUUGGAGGAGGACCUCAAGGAAGAAGAGGAUACUGAGGUCGAUAGUGAAGAGCAUGCUCGCAUUCUUGAAGACAUUCUGCAGGUGACUUCAGACAUUUAAUUAUGUUUAGCGUGAUAUACACUGUAUUUGGGCUG